AUGGGUCUCUUCACUUUGUUGCUUAGGUCACUUGUGAUAACCUUGGCGAUGAUCUCCCACCACAUUGGCAUUGUUUCCGCUCAAACAGGAACGGGAUGCAACCGAACAGUCAAAGCCAAGGCCGGAGACACCUGUGCCACCAUCGCCGCCGCCAACGGGAUAACCGUCUCCCAGUUUCUCCAGUUUAACCCCGGCAUAACCAGCUGCUCCCAGCUCACGGUGGGGUACGACUACUGCGUGGACGGAACGGCCACCGGCACCGCCGCCGCCGGUCACUUCACCACCCUCGACCGGGCCCGGGGAGCCUUGUGGAACGGUGACGGUCACGACUACGAGCACUGCCUCGUAUAUCUCGGUAACUACGAGAACGGCAACGUCGGUUACUACGACGACCGCGACCAUCUCGGCGACGGCAACGGCCACGGCCACAAUCACGGCUACAGCUACGUCGGUGGUUACGACUACUGCGGGUGGGACGACGGCUACGACGACGGUGACUGCUACGGCUACUUCAACGUUGACAAGGACGGCUACUACAGGGGUUAUCCAGACCUCCGUGAUCUUGACGACGUCAACGAGUGUGCUAUAACUACAUCCACGACGGGGGUUAUUCGCACUAUAACCUCAGUGAUAUUAACAACCUCAACAAUCACCGUCAACAUAACCAACACCGUCCCGGUGACAGCCACGGUACCCGUCACCGCCACCACACUCGUCACAACCACGGAAACAGCGACAGCAACCAACACCAUCCCCAUCACCGCCACCGCAACGACAACCGCCACCUUCAGUACAACCUCCACUGUCAUCGCAACAUCCUACACCGGCAUAACCCGCACCUCCGUGAUCCUCACCACCUCAACCAACAUAAUCGACACCACCAAUACUAUAACUCUCACGAAAAUCAACACGCUCACCACCACCCUUCCCAUCUACGUAACCAGUACCCAAACACAGACACAAACACAAACCAAGCCCAUAACCACCACGGUCCCAGUCUACAUCACCAUCACCAACACCAAGCAGCUCACAGCCACAGCCACAGCCACAGCCACAGCCACAGCUAUAGUAACAACUACUUCGACAACAUGGACCUACAGCUACAGCAUCGCUACUCUAACAACCAUCGUCACUGAAACCGAGACGUCAACGAGCGUCAAGACGUUGACGAGCACGAGGGUGACGCAGGUUACUAGUACGAGUAUUUCUAUUGAUACUUUGACGAGUAUUGUCUAUAGUACUGCGACGGCUACUGCUACUGCUACUGCGACUGCCACGACUAUUACGACUACAACCAAGACGGUAACAGACACGAAAGCACCGCCGAUUGUGACGACGACUGCUACGGUGACGAAGCCGGGACAGGUGAUUACGGCAACAGUGACGAGUACGCUGACGGCGGUCCCGGGUGGUGGGAAUGGGAAUGGGAAUGGAAAUGCGCCGGGGCCGGUGGUGCCGGGGACUUCAAAGACUUGCAGGGCAUACGAUAAGAUUACCAGUGACGAUAGUUGUAGGGAUAUUGCGAAUCGGAAUGGGUUGUUGUUGUUGGAUUUUUACAAACUCAAUCCAGGGAUCGACUGCGAUCACUUGUGGCCGGGAUACUACGUGUGUACUCGGGCAUAAGAAGGGAAGCAUGAAGGAUUAUAGUAUUGAAACAGCGGGAGGUUUGCUAGAGAAGAGACGCGAGGGUUGGAA